UGCUCAAGCGGCUCACUUUUUCCCUCGUGGCUUCCUGCCGCUGCGCAAAUGGUGAUCAAGACAGACCUGUGCAACUACACUGAGUACAGAAUCUAUCCUGGGCACGGCCAGAAGUUUGUUGCCAAGGAUGCGAAGGUGAACUUCUUCAUCACUGCCAAGGCGGACUCCCUCUACCAUCAGCGAAUCAAGCCCGUGAAGCUCCGCUGGACACAGGCUUGGCGAAGGCAGAACAAGAAGGGCAAGGUCGAGGAGGGGGGCAAGAAGCGGACCAGGAAAGCCCAGAAGUUCCAGAAGGCCAUCGUCGGCAUGAGCUUGGACGACCUCAAGAAGAGGAAGGCGCAGCGCCCGGAAUUGCGCGCCCAGCGCGAAGCUGCUGCCAAGGAAGCAAAGGCCAAGGCAACGCAGAAGAAGGCCGCGGCCAGCAAGGCAUACCUAUUGACGUAUGACGUAUAG